GUGAGGUGUAUGACAACUUAACACACACCAGUUUUUCUCUCUCUGUUUCUCUGAAAAAGCUGUGUUUACUUAGGAGGUUCUUCGGGGACAAAGGGUGUCUGAAAGACUCUUUUCGAUCCUUUUUAUAGAGGUUUGGGUGAUUAGUUAGGGAGCAAGACGCAAUGGCGUCGCUCCUGAUGCGUUUAUUUCGGGUGGGUGCAGAGAAGAAGAAGAUUCAGCACUAUGAGCACCUGCAAAGGGAUGUUGACCCCCAUCAGAGCUGGGACACACUUGGAGAACUCGGGGAUGGAGCAUUUGGGAAAGUCUAUAAGGUUCAAAACAACAAAAGUGGUGCGAUAGCAGCAGCUAAAGUUAUAGAUGUUCACAGUGAGGAACAGCUGCAGGAUUACAUCACUGAAAUCAACAUCCUGGCAACCUGUCGCCAUGGCAACAUCAUCUCACUGCUGGACGCCAUUUACUAUGAAGGAUGGUUAUGGAUUAUCGCUGAGUUUUGUCCUGGUGGAGCUCUGGAUGACAUCAUGUUGGAGCUGGAGCAUGGCCUCUCAGAGCAGCAGAUCAGUGAGGUGUGUUUCCAGACACUGCAGGCUCUGUGUUACCUGCAUCAGCACCACAUCAUUCACCGAGACCUGAAGGCCGGAAACAUUCUGCUCACCAUGGAGGGCCACAUCAAACUUGCUGACUUUGGAGUGUCAGCAAAAAAUCACAACACCCUCCAGAGACGAUCAACUUUCAUCGGGACGCCAUACUGGAUGGCACCAGAGGUGAUCAUGUGUGAGACAUCAAAGGAGAAUGCGUACUCGUGUAAAUCUGAUAUCUGGUCUCUGGGCAUUACGCUGAUCGAAGCAGCUGAGAUGGAGCCUCCACACCACACUCUGAACCCCAUGAGAGUGCUGCUGAAGAUCACCAAGUCUUCUCCACCCUCACUGACCAACACUCGGAUAUGGUCAAACCAUUUUCAGGAUUUCCUGAAGAGGGCACUACAGAAAAACCCUGAGUCACGAUGGGGAGCACAGCAACUACUCGCUCACCCAUUCUCAUACGCCGGCCGGAAUGGACAAACCCUCAAGGAGCUUAUUGCUGAGGCUAAAGCAGAGGUCACUGAGGUCAUAGAGGCAGAGUCUCUCUCAGAUCUGCAUUCCUCUGCGGAUGAACCGUCAACCAACACGGAGACACCAGAAAUGCAGGAUCCAGCAAAAGAUGAGCCAGAAAUACCUCUGACGCCAUCAUGUGAAGAACCUCCUGCGAUUCCUACUAAUCCUGAGCAAAACAAAGUCCCCAAAGUGACACGUCGGGCAUCUAGUGCCCUAGAUAAGGCACAGAAGAGAGUCAGGCGUCUGUCUGUUCCGGGAAACCUCCUGUCUUUCCUGACUCGCCGUAAAUCAGGAGUCUGGAAUGAUGAGAUGAAAAUCCUGGGUAGUCAGGAGCAACAGGAAGUCAGUGUCAGCCACAGUGAAGGAGAAUCAGAGACAAGUCCACAAGAGACAGAGGACAAAGGGACGGAAAAUGAGGAGAAACCUGAGGAGGUGAAAGAUGGAUCUGAUCAGAGCCCGGAUAAACCUGAUGGAGAAACAGAAGAGAAACCAAUGUUAGAGAGUGACAUGGAGUGCAAGGACAUUGAUGCACACAGUUGCAAAGAUGAAGAAAUGCAACAGGAAGAGGAUUUUUCUGAACAGGAAACACUACAGGAUACAGAAGUUAAGAACAGUCCAAAUGCUGAUCAAUCUAAUGAUGAGCAAACAUAUUGGAGAUGCCUUAGUGGACCGGUAGAAAAAGAAGAUAAGCUUGGAGUAGCUGAUUUGCAAAAUGUUCUGAUUGACACGUUGGAUUUGGAAACCUUGCACUUAAACAGGAAACAAGAAACAAAAGAGAGAUGUUUACAUGAUUAUCUGGAUUUGGCUGGACAUGGGACUCCUUCUAAAUUCUCGUCAACAGUGGAGUUAGUCAGAAAGCCAGUUGUGGAAGUGUGUGUUCCUGCUUCUGUGGAAAAGACAAGCGAGGAACCGACAGAGAGUGUCAUGCAGGAGGACCUGAGAGAGGAUGGAGAAAAACAAAUUGAUUCUAAAGAAGAGGAGGAACAAAAGAUAGCUGAGGAUGGAGGCAAACACGAAGAAGGUGUAGAUGAUAGGAAAGAAAUAAUGGAAGACUUAGACACAGUGAAGGACCAACAUUUUGAGAAUGCUGAAAAAACAGUGUUAAUAGCUGAUUUAACUAGUGAAGAAACAGCACAAGCCCAAAAUCAGCAAGAAUCAGAACUGAGGGAAGAAAGUGAGCGAGAUGAACCAUCUGAAGCAGAACCAAAGAAAGAAGAAGCACCGGCAGAGAAGGAGUCUAGACACGAGGCAAGCCCCGAGGAGAUCCAGAGUGCAGGAAACAGAGAUGAGGGUGAGGAGAUAACAACUGACCAAUCAGAUGAACCUAAGAAUCUCACAGAGACUGAUUCUCAGAACGACGUGCUUGAAAAUGACACAGGAACUUCAGAGAUUCAGACUGACAGUCCAGCGUGUAGCCAGAAACAGACAGAGGAAGUGAGCCCAGAAAAGACCAACGGUGUUUCUAUAGACAAAAAGGUUACCAAAACCAACAAGCAGGUUAGCUUUGCACAUGAACACGAGCAAGUAGAAUUGACCGAAAAGUCGCAUAGCAUCCUGAACGGCAACUCAAAUGCAGAAGCACCUCACACAGAGUCAAAUGGUUCACUACAUCAUAACAUUAAUCAGCACAACGACGCGGCAGCACUUUCAACAAAGAAUGAAACGAAUUUACCUGUAGGCCGAAAAACGGUGAAGAAAACGCGAAAAUUUAUGGUGGAUGGGCGUGAGGUGAGCGUCACCACAUCAAAAGUGAUCAGCGAGAGAAAUGAAAAAGAACAGCAGAUGCGCUCAAUCAGGCGGCAGGAGUUGCACGCUCUGAAACUGCUGCAGCGAGAGGAGCAGCGAGAGUUCACACAGCUGGAACUAAAACUGCAGCAACAGAGAGAGAUGAUGUUCCGCCAUAUUGAACAGGAAAUGAGUAGUAAGAAGCAGUACUACGAUGGAGAACUGCAGCGUCUGGAGAAACAGUAUGAACAGCAGAGCCAAAAAAUGGAGACUGAGCACACGGCGCGUCUCCGAGAGGAAGCACGGCGUCUCAAAUCUCAGCAAGAGAAAGAGCUCCGAGCCCUUAAAAUGGACUCUAAAGAGGAGCAGCGUUUCCUGCAGAAGCAGCAGCAGGAGCUAAAUGAAGCGCUACAGAAAGCCGUACAGGAACACAAGAGGAAAGUGGCUUCCAUGGAGUGGGACAUCACUGUCAAAUCUCAGCAGCUCAAGAGAGCACGUGAGUCUGUGAUCUGGGAACUGGAACAGCGCCACCUGCAGGAGAAAUAUCAUUUAUUUAAGCAGCAGGUGAAGGAGCAGUACUCUCUCCAGAGACAGCAGCUCAGCCGGAGACACAGCAAGGAUGUGGAGCGCGUGUCCCGAUUCCAGCAGGACCUAAUAGAUGAGCAGAAGUCUUCUCAGGCUCAGGAAAGAACUCAAUUCCAAAGGGCCCAACGUGCCGAGAUCAAAAGUCACCUAAACCGGUUAAGGCAAGAUCUGAGGAGGCAGGGGUUGAGCGGGGUCGAGCAGAGACAGAAACUCACACAGUUUAUGUCAGAAGAGGAGAGCAGGCAGAAGCAGGAGUUCAAGACUCUGCAGGAGAAUCAGGAGAUCCAGUUCAAGGAACUGCAAGAUCAGUGCGACUUCAACAUCACUGAGCUCCAUCAGCUGCAGAAUGAAAAACUGCAGGUUCUGGUGGAGAUGGAGAAGAAGAAGAUCAAAAGGUUGGAAGACGAGCACACACUAGAACUGAAUGAAUGGAGAGACAAACUAGCCUGCAGGAAAGAGGCACUGGAAGAAGACCUUGCUCGUAGAAAGAGAGAAUAUGAAGGAACAAGAAGACGAAGCGAACCAGAAGCCCGAUAUGCUCGCCGUUCCAGAUUCUUCCCAAACAUCAGUUUUAACUGACCGACUCAAACUCAAUGUACAUGUGUUUAUAUGUUUAUGUAUAUAAGCUUAAAAUGGACUCUGAUCAUCUGGAACUGCAGAUUAUUCUGAUGUGCGGAUUAUUCUGAUACACCGAGCUGCAUUUCUCCAUUACUGUCAUGGAAGCCAGUGUGAAGUGGGGGUGAGCGAUAUGACCAAACUAUAUUACAAAAUAUAUUACAAUACUCACAUACAGCAUGUUGGGAAAUAAACAAGAGUAAAUACAAAAAUAAUGUAUGUAGCAACUGAGGAAACAUGUCUAAACAUUAGAAUAAACAUUAGAACAGUAGAAAAAACAGAGACAGACAGAAAGAUGAAAAGAAACAGAUGGGUUGACAGAUAGAUAGAUAGAUAGAUAGAUAGAUAGAUAGAUAGAUAGAUAGAUAGAUAGAUAGAUAGAUAGAUAGACUGAGACAGAUAGGUGGACAGACAAAUAUGUAGAAUAUUAGACACAGACAAUGUACCUAAAAUGAUAGAUGAAAAGAAAAAAAGAAAGAAAGAAAAAUCAAGAAAGACAUAUACAAUAUAAACUGAUAGAGAAAGAGACAGACAGAUCACCAGAGAGAGAGAGAGCAAGAGAGAGAGAUGGAUUGAAAGACCAAGACAGACAGAAAGACAGAUAGAUGGACUGAAGAUUGACAGACGGGCAGACGGACAGACAGACAGACAGUCAGAUAGAGAAAGACAGAUAGAUGGACAGAA